AUGGAUAAGCUUCUCGGAAAGGCCGUCGACAAGGUUUUCGGUGACGACGACGACAAGCGUCCUCAAGGUGGCAACGUGACCCACGGAGGCGCCUACCCCCCGAGCGGUGGUGCCUCGCACGACGAUGACGAAGACCUCCAAGGCGCCGCCUCGGUAGCGGCCGGCCAUGCACCCGAGGACCAGGACUUCUUUAAGGACGUUCUAGGGAGCUUGCUGCAGGAAAAGCCCAAGGCACAGAUCGGAAAUGAGGAUAUAGACGAGAAGCACACCAUCGAAUCCCACAAACAGUUCUUUGGUAGCGGCGACUCCCAGGGCCCGGCCUCGUCCUCCUCCGUGGGCAGCGCAGCCGCCCUGCAGGCCCUGAAGCUGUUCACCUCGGGCGACCAAGGCCAGGCUCAGGGCAAGGGCGGCCAGAACGCCUUUGUCGGGUUGGCCAUGGCCCAAGCCGCCAAACUGUUUGACGCCCAGGCGUCGCAGGGCAAUGUCGAGCCGGGCGCGGACAAGCAGAGCGCUGUCAAGAAGGCGGGUGAGACGGCGCUGAAGCUGUACUUGAAGAGCAAGGGCGGCUCGGCUGGCGCUGGCGCGGGUGCGGGUGGUGGCCUGGAUGGGUUGCUGGGGCUUGCGUCGAAGUUCCUUUGA